AUGAGCACGGCCGAUCCUUUCGUCCAGGGCGAUAAUGUCCCCGAGUGUAUCACGUCUUGUCUCUCCAAGGCUGUGGCCAGCGUGAACUGUUCCAGCACGCAGUCAUGUUGGUGUACCGGAAACAACGAGCAGGGCAUUAAGGAUGGUUUGACUACCUGUUACAAGGAGAAGCCGUCCGCCUGUCCCGAGAACCUCUUUAAUAGGAUGAAGGCCACCGUGGAUCUGAUUUGCGACCAGCAAGCUGCAGCCAACGGCACUCUAUCAGCGACAUCCACUUCGUCGGUCUCAGCUGCAUUACCGACUGGAACUGGUACACUUAACUCGGCAAGUAGCGGUAGCGACUCUGGUCUUUCUAAAACAGCUAUGAUCGGUAUGAGCGUGGGUCUCGGUGUCGCUGGUCUCAUCAUCUUUAUCCUAUUAUUCCUCUUUAUCAGAGAGCGACGACGAAGAAAGGGCAUGGAAUUACAGGAACACUCGAAGCGAUCGAUGAGCAAGCAGUCAACUCUCCGCCCCGAGCACAUGUCGGCUAGGGAUUCAGUAGCGACAAAGAGAACCAACACACAGAGCGUCGAUGCCCAAAUAUGGAGGCCUCCCCGUGUGUACGCAGGCGACAGCCCUCCUGUUCCAACUCCAACAAUCCCGACUUCGACCGGCACCCCGGUCCGAGAUGCGCACUUCCAGGACAGCCCGCAGCACACUCCUCGCAAUGCGACACCUCAGAGGGAAACGGCCCAGUACAACCAGCGACAGAACUACCAGGAUCGAGACAACUAUACUGAUCCUCGCCUCGCAUACGAGCUGCCGCCUUGA